AACAAAGAAACGAUUAUGCCCUCUGUAAAAACUAAUCAAGACAUCAAAAAUAAUAUAAAUUUUAGCAUUAAAUACAGCCGUUGUAUUUUAAAAAUGAUUGGACUGUGGCCAACUUUUGAUAAAAUUUCAACAAUAUGCAAAUACCUUCGACGGUUAUAUAACGCUAUUUGUUAUUGUUUAAUAAUGUUUAUCAUUAUACCUGGAUGGAUAUACAUAUCCCUCGAAGUGGAAAAUAUAUACGACAGAUUAAAAUUCGUCAGUCUAAUGAGCUUCUGCAUGUUAUCGAUCACGAAGUAUCAUUUGAUAAACAUUCACAAAGAUGAUGUCCGCGAUUGUGUCAAACGUAUGGAAUGGGACUGGAAAAAUAUAUCUUACUCAGAAGAUAGAGAAAUUAUGCUAAUGAACGCAAAUUUUGGAAAGAGAUUAAUCAUUGUUACCACCACUGUCACGUACAGUGGUUUUGUCUUUUUUUAUAUAGCUGUACCGAUGAAAAUUGGAAAAAUUCCGGCACAAGAUGCUAAUAUUAGUUUCAUACCCACGAUGUUUCCUUUCCCGAAGUACAUUGCUGAUGUUCGAUACAGUCCAAUAAACGAAAUUGUAUUUCUCGCUCAAUUUAUAUGUGGUUUCUUGCUUCAUGGUGUUACAUCAUCGGUGUGCAGUUUGGCUGCAAUAUUUACAGUUCACGCUUGUGGCCAGAUACAAGUGAUGAUGGUUUGGCUGAAACAUUUGAUAGAAGGUCGGUUAGAUAUGUGUAACAGUGUCGAUCAGCGAAUUGCCAAGAUUAUAAAUCAACACGUUCGAAUAUUAAAAUUUUUAUCACUUAUCGAAAAAAUUCUGCAACAAGUAUCAUACAUGGAAUUUUUAGAAUGUACAAUAAACGUAUGCCUUCUUGGAUAUUGUGCCAUCAUGGAAUGGGAAUCGAAUCAUCUAACGCAAGUCGUAACAUAUCUUAUAUUACUUAUAACGAUUAUAUUCAAUAUUUUUGUAUUUUGUUACAUAGGAGAGCUUUUGGCUAAUCAGUCUAGGAAAAUAGGAGAAGUAACGUAUAUGAUCGAAUGGUACCAAUUAUUCGGAAAGAAAAAGCUAUGCUGCGUUUUGAUAAUCGCAAUGUCCAAUUCAUCUACUAAAUUAACAGCUGGGAAUUUAAUCGAAUUAUCAAUGAGUACUUUUUCUGACGUAAUUAAAACAUCAUUUGCUUUUUUGAAUGUAUUGCGAACAUUAACUUAAAUAUUCUUCAGAAUGCAAUACAACAUAAACUAUUUUAUUAUUUAUUACAUUAGACUGUAAG